CACAUAUUAAUUUUUUAAUGUGGAAAUUACUAUUAAUCACAUUAUGCAUAGUCCAGUUUAGAGCUUAAGAAGAUGAAUUAAAUGAGGAAGACUAAGAAUCUUUAGAGUCUUAAUAAAAUUGUAAAAAUAUAGGAUUAACUAAUAGCAUAGUAAAAUUAUUAUUAAUAAUAACAAUAUGGAUGCAUAAUCUUAACAAAAUAUCAUCUUUAAGAAAGAAGUCAAGAAUUGCUAUAAUUGUUCAAAUAGAUUUCAAAUGAAUAAGAUAAAAGAAAUUCAUAUGAGAAAUUGCAAGCUUAAUUAGUAAUGUAAUGUAUGCAAAAAAUCUAAUAUUAACAAUUGGCUGAUCUUUUUAAUUAGUUGAGACAAUAAACUUUUAAGUAUUAAGACUUUUAGGAUGUUUUUAUGAUGACUGAUUUGAGUUUAGAUGAUGAUUACACAUUAACAGAUUAAGAAAAGAUAAUCUCAAAAGAGAUAGAGGUAUAAAUUAUAUUAAAUAUAGUAAUUUGAUAAAAACAUGUAAGAAUAACAAAAAAAAUAUAAAUAAGAAUAAGGUUAUGAUGAUGAUGAUGAUGAAGAAGUAGAUCCAAGAAGAAGACAAUAACCAUAAGGAUAUAAGUUAUUUGGAGUAGAUUUAUCUAAAUUAUCAAAUUCAACUUAGAUGAUUAUCUUUGUUAGUUUGAUUUCGUUGUUUAGUGUGAUAUUAUUUUUAGGUCUACUAAUAAAUUAAUAUAUUAGGACUCAAAUUUGUUUAAUAACAUACAUAAGGUCCAGUGAAGAGGGCUAAAAAAGAUAAGAAGGUGAAAUAAAAAUGAGAAUAU